AGUAAUUUUUUUCCGGCAGUUCAUAUCUUGCUGGUCUCAUCUGAUCUCCUCCUGGGCUGAGUUUUCAAGUUUAUCUCCCCCUAUAUAUAUACACAGGCAUAGUCAUAGAUAUUCAAUUCAGUACACUGUUUGGUAAAAAUUACAUAAUCUUCCUGGAAAUACAAACCUUUAGAGUAGCUAGCAUUGCAACACAUUUUGAAGGGAAUAGAGAAGAAAGAAAAUAUUUCUAAUGGGGCGUUGGAUGAGGCCAGAGGUUUAUCCACUAUUGGCUGCAAUGACCUUCGUAACUAGUCUGUGCACCUUCCAGCUUGUAAGGAACGUAUUGCAAAACCCUGAUGUCAGAGUGAACAAAGCUCACCGUAAAAUGGCAGUGCUUGAUAACAGAGAGGAAGGAAUGAGAUAUGCCGAGCAUGGCUUCCGCAAGUUCCUUCGUACCCGCCCGCCGGAAGUCAUGCCUACCAUUAACAACUUCUUCUCCCAAGAUAACUGAACACACAUACAUUAAUACAUACAUACAUACAUACAUACAUACAGAUGAAAGAAAACAAUUCAAGGGGAGAUUGGAUUUGUUUGUUUUUGAUGCUGAUCAUUUAUACCUCUUUAUAUUGCUUUGAGUGUGUGCUUUAGUUCUUUGGGAUUCUAUGGCUAUGGCCAACCUUUGUACUCGACUCACUCUAUAAAUAAAAUUGAGUCCUUUUUUUUUUU